GCAUUAGAAUUACAACCCCCGGUGACAGGCACAACACACGUAAAUGCCUCGGUGUUUGUUGCGACUACGAGAACGGUUAUCAACAAAACCGAGGUGCCUCGCCAAGUUCAUUCAUAUCAGCUCUUUCCUUUCGUACCGAUCGUACGCAUGCACUCUUAGCUCUAAGACAUACCAAUCUUUGGUUUUCACUCUUACAACCAUCUUCCGUCUACACCUGCUUUAUUCGACUGCACUACCAGUAUCUGAUUGAUUAGAUCAAAGGAAACCAUUCCUUUUUGAACCAGCAUCUCCUUUAUUUGCUUCUCGUUUUUCGGCAAAACUGCAGUCUAUUCUAUUUUUGCACUUUCUUCAGGUUUGAGUCGACAAUACUUCGCCAUGAUGACGAGUACAGACAAACAAACUUUGGAAAUGGAAGAACGACCGCAGGAGAUGGGUGGUGAAGUGGAGAAAAAAGAAGAACUUGGGAAGGAAGAACCCGAGGAGGUUGAAAGAGAAGGAUGGGGAAACAAAAUGGACUUUAUCAUGAUCUGCAUCGGUUUCGCCGUCGGUCUCGGAAAUGUCUGGAGAUUCCCAUACCUUGUCUUCAAAAAUGGUGGUGGUGCUUUCUUGAUUCCAUAUUUCAUCUCCCUCUUCAUCAGUGGUGUACCUAUAUUCUUUCUUGAGAUCUCCAUUGGUCAGAUGCUACAGGUCGGUGGUAUCUCCGUAUGGGAGAUCUAUCCCAUUCUGAAAGGUGUUGGUUUUGCCGGGGCCACGAUAGCAGCGAUCAUGUGCACCUAUUACAUCGUGAUCUGCGCCUGGUCAUUCUUCUACCUCUUCUCCUCGUUCACCUCCACCCUCCCCUGGGGUGAUUGCUAUAACUCCUGGAAUGAUAUAUACUGCAACGACCCCGCCCUCCAGGACAACUGCACCGCCCCCACAGGGUUCUUCUGCACCACCAACUCCUCCAUCUAUCUCAACCAGUCGGAAGGAGAAUCGCCCGCUCAACAGUUCUGGGAAAAACGAGCUCUAGGUAUAUCAGACGGUAUCGAUGAAGUGGGAGGAUUGCGAUGGGAUCUUGUUGGAUGUCUAGCUCUUGCCUGGGUCGUUACGUAUUUCUGUAUAUGGAAAGGAGUCAAACAAACUGGAAAGAUCGUGUGGUUCACCGCUCUUAUCCCAUACGUCAUUCUGUUGGCUUUGCUUAUCCGUGGACUGACACUAGAUGGCGCUUCAGAAGGCAUCAAGUUUUACGUCACCCCCGAUUGGGAGCGACUCAAGAGCCCCACGGUCUGGAUUGAUGCAGCCACUCAGAUCUUCUUCUCUUACAGUGUUGGUAUCGGAUCUCUCAUUUCACUCGGUAGUUACAACAAAGUCAGGAAUAAUGCACUGCUUGAUACGUUGGUAGUGGGAUUCGUGAACGCCGGUACGAGUCUCUUUGCUGGUUUCGUCAUCUUCUCCAUUCUCGGGUUCAUGGCCCAUCAACAGGGUGUCGAAGUCAAAGACGUCGUCGAUGAAGGUCCUGGACUUACAUUCGUAGCUUACCCAACAGCUGUGUACUACAUGCCUGGUGGACCUGCGUGGGCAGUUAUCUUCUUUGCCAUGUUGAUCAUGUUAGGUCUUGACAGCCAGUUCGCUAUCUUGGAAGGUUUGGUAACAUCGUUGAUGGAUGAAUUCCCGCAGUACAACCUGAGACAGAAUCGUGCUGUCUUUCUCGUUGUGGUUUGCUCGUUGGACUUUCUUCUAGGGCUGUUAUGCGUGACAGAGGGAGGAAUGUACUUCUUCCAGUUGAUGGACAGUUACGGAGCUAGUGGCAUGUGCUUAUUAUGGGUCGCCUUCUGGGAAUGCAUUGCUCUCUCGUACGGUUAUGGAAUCAAGAAGUUCUAUAAUGUUAUCAGUGAUAACAUGGGCUUUACUCCAGGCUGGUACUGGCCUCUCUGCUGGGCUGGUCUCGCACCUGCAGUCAGUUUGGGAAUCUUCUUGUUCAGUCUUAUUGAUUAUCAACCUGCCAAAUAUGGUGAAAGUUACUACUACCCUGUCUGGGGUGAAAUUCUUGGUUGGAUGAUGGCUAUUGUCUCCAUGCAGUGGGUGCCUAUCUACGCCAUCUACAUCUUCCUUACGACACCAGGAACAUUUAAGGAGCGCCUUCAUAUUAUCACCUCACCCAAGAUCCAGCCAGCAAUACCGGAGAAACUUGAAGACGAGUCGACGAUAUCAGUAGAAGCGAAGAAAAGUGACAUAUCGGAUACAUUAAAUGCCAACUCAUUACCUCCACCAGUUUACAAUGAACUGGUCGUUGAAAACGAGAAAAAUGGCGUCACCACGACCAAUGGAGGUCUCGAAAACAAGGCGUUCAGCGGUGACGAGUAGGUUGGCUGAUAAUAAAGGAACAUUGAAAUCACCAGAAAGACUGUAUGAACUUGCAAGGGACGUUUGGGUACUGAACGCAAAAUUUGGCAUUUUUUAUAGGCUUUGGCGUAGCUAAUAUAACGACACAUGGGGAACAAGCUACCCGAUCGUCUAUCAGGACGUGGGGAAGGGAUGAAUGGGGAGAGGAGGAAAGAUGAAGAUGGUUGAAAUGGAAUGUUACGUUCUCUUUAAAAAGAAAUUACCGUCUAAUAACAAAGCAUAGUCCAACUUUCAUCUUGAGAGAGUGACACCCCCCCCCUCCUUACAUAAAAUGACGUGUGCCGUUUCGAUCCCAAGUGGAAGUUGAGUUGGCCGAGUGAGCAGUGCACAUUAAUAUGUCUAUAUCAUGUUGGCAAAGAGCAUAAAGUACUUAAAGACAAAUCAAUUUGAGGAAUAAACACUUCUUUUCAGGACAUGAUCACGAUCCGUCUGGUAAAGCUUACUUUAAGUAGUUUUCUGAUUCGAAAAUGCAAAUAUGGAGGCAUUGAUAUGUUAAUAAAUUCUUUCAAAAUGUUCAACCACGCAAUGCUGAGACCAAAUACGCCUCAAUAGAACUGUUAUAAUCACUGCCUUUACGAAAAAAAAACGAUGAGAAAAGCAGCUAGACGAAUGAAAUGAUCAGGAGACUCUUCCUGCCUUUGCGGAUAUGCAGAAAUUAUAUUUUUGAUAUAUGAAAAUGGUUUAUGAUGUAAGUUAUUGAAAUUCGAUAACAAAAAUUAAAUUGGGCUGCAAGUUUGUAUAUAUCAAUGUCCAGGCUCAUUUUCCAAGACUGUGGUUAUUGUUACAAGCAAGAAUAUAAUUAUGGUGAAAUUGACAAUUAUCUGCGAUGUUUAUAUGCACAAAUAGAAACAAAAACCUUUAAAUAUACCGAAUUUUUUACGCGUAAUUAAUUCUAAGAAGAUGAUAUAUUGAUUUAGUUAUGAUGACAAACUAAACUCAUUAAUUAUUGAAAUCACUCGUCGGUAAAUGUAGCCUAAUAUUGUGACUAUUCGAAAUGCCUUUCAUCACGAAUGUGCCUAUUUUUUACAGCAUUAUGAUAAUCCAGGUGAUUACAUUAAUUUUACUUUGUAUUUUGAUAUAGGAAAACUAGCAGAUUGAAACUUGCAUGAUUUCAUUUUUCUUCAUACAAGGAUCGCCACACUACAAUUACAUUACAUUUUAUUCUGUUUCUCGUUUUACUCAAUUUGCUUAUCUCACAAUGAAAAUUGAACGUAGAGUAAAGAGAAUGCAUUGGUCAUUAGGUUUUAUUUGAUAGCUUAUUUCCUUAUAUCAGAAAAAAUAUCAAAGGGAAUAGGAAUAAACUGCACACUUUUUGAGUUUUUACCCUAGGUAACUCGUAAUAUUAAUUAUUUUUUAUGGAUUAGGCCCUAUAUGGAUUCUCUGAAAAAUACGCGCCUCUUGAUAUGUGGGGAUAUGAAAAUAGAUUUGUUAAAAUUGCAACCUUUGAAAUAGAUUUAUUAUGUUUGGUACUUUCUGACAUACAGCUGAAAAGAUGAAGAAAAAAAUGUAGAAAGCAAGAAAGUUGUAAGUUAUAGAUAUGAGUUGUAUGUACGUGUACAUAAAACGACUUAAAUGCAAUAAGGAGACGAUGCAUUCCUAUAAGUGAUGACGUCACACAUGAGAGGUACAUAUAAAAGAGUCUUUAUUGUUACGUCAUGUAGAGCGUGAUAUAUUUAUUUUCCUCUUGUGAGUAUAAAUAUGCGCGUAUUCAAAAAAAAUAAUGAGGAAAUAUGCGAAAGAUGAAUUAUUGUAUAUAAAUUGUAUAGGCUAUCAUUGUGUAAAAAUUGUAGUAGAGAUAUGAUGGAAAAUAGAGAUAUAUUUGUAAAUAACUAAUCGCUCAAAUAAUGUGUUUGCAAUUGUAUGUUUCAUUUCUUAUUUUAUUUUGCUUCUUAAAUCUUCUUAAGAAUAAAUUCAAUUGCUUUGGGUUUGGUCCCCCUUCCACCGUUUCAAUACAACAUAUCUUGCAAUGGAAAUGAGUAACAUGAUUCGAAGAGGUAAAUGUUGAAUUCAUUAAUACUCGUCUUCUAUGUUGGGUUCAAUCGAUACCCCCCCCCUCCGCUCACGCGUUAAAUAUUGCAUGAAGUUUACUUCCAUUAUUCACGACUCAAAUCGAAAACAGAGGGACAAUUAUAAACCUGAUGUAUAGCCGAAAGUUCCGCCAUGUAAAGUUGGAGUGCGUUCGCAGCAACAAAACACCCUUCACUCAGCUGCCUUGGACGAUUGACAAACGACUUUACAUCUCAUCAAGGGGACUAUAUUUCUCUUAUGGCACUGGCUGCUUUUCACUAUUGUAUUAACGUAACUUUCAUUGUAUUAACUUUCGCUAUCAGCCCUAGCCUCCCGAUCGGUAGUACAGGUAUAUGAAUAACAGGGUGGGAUUUUUAUUUACAUUUUGUUGGGGCAAUACCGACCAAUAAGUACUGGAAUAUGUCUUGACUUAUGUAUGGCGAAUAAUGUUUUACAGGUUUCCACUUGAAUGAUGGUGUAUCUAUACAUGUACAUUAUUAAAAACAUAUACAACUAA